AAUAGAUAAGCUGGUUGGUUAAUUAAUAAUCUCGUGACGGGUUUAAUCUGUUGGCUUGGCUUGGCUGGGUCUGCUUCAACACCCUCGAGCAACCCUGACCUCGCCCAACCCGACAGUUUCCUUGUCACAAGGUGUCGGGGGCCGCCGACGAAGUACCGACAACAAUGGCAGCCAUGUUUAACUCGUCCUAUUUCUUUCUAUGUUUGUUUUUCUUGUCCUUUGUUGUAUUCGUUUCGAGCAACGAUAAUCCAACCGAUGUUCCAAAUGAAGAUACGCUGGUAUUAGAUUUAGAUGCGUACUGGAAAGAACGAGCCCAAGAAGCUGAAAAAGUGGCCAGGGAAUCCUACAAUAAAAAUCCUGAGCAAGUCACUGAGGAGUUCAAUACUGAAGUUGGCAAGCUUAUGUCGAAGGAAAACACCACAAGAAGGAACUUGAGGGGUAACAAGGCUUAUACGGGUCCAUGCAUGGCGACCAACCCAAUGGACGCCUGCUGGAGGUGUGACCCUAACUGGGCCAACAACCGAAAGAAGAUUGUAGGCUGCGCCCAAGGCUUCGGUAAAAAGACCACCGGAGGUAAGGAUGGUCCUUUUUACGUGGUGACAAUGGGCACAGAUGAUGACGUGCAAAACCCUAAACCCGGAACCCUACGCCACGCCGUGAUUCAGAAAGGGCCUUUGUGGAUCAUCUUCGCAAAAAGCAUGGUGAUUAGGCUGCAGCAAGAGCUGAUGGUGAGUAGUGACAAGACCAUUGAUGGUAGGGGAGCCAAUGUUGUGAUAGAAGAGGGUGCUGGCAUUACCCUCCAGUUUGUGAAGAAUGUAAUCCUCACCAACCUUCACAUAAAAAUGAUUGUCACCAAACCCGGUGGUCUGAUCAGGGACUCUGUCGACCACAUAGGUUUAAGGACCCAGAGUGACGGCGAUGGUAUCUCCCUCUUUGGUGCCUCCAACGUCUGGAUCGAUCACGUUUCCAUGUCCAGGUGCGCAGAUGGGCUCAUCGACGCCAUCAUGGGUUCCACCGCCAUCACCAUCUCCAACUCUCACUUCACUGACCACGAUGAGGCGAUGUUGUUUGGUGCCAACAACGCCCACACUCAAGACAAAAUCAUGCAAAUUACUUUGGCCUUCAACCACUUUGGUAAGGGACUGGUGCAAAGGAUGCCAAGGGUCCGGCACGGAUUCUUCCACGUGGUGAACAACGACUACACCCACUGGAUCAUGUAUGCCAUCGGAGGAAACAUGAACCCUACCAUCAUCAGCCAGGGUAACAGGUUCAUUGCUCCCUUUAACGGGGUCGCCAAACAGGUGACGCAUAGGGAGCAUACACCAGAGGCAGAGUGGAAGAACUGGGAAUGGCGAUCUGAGGGAGAUUUGAUGAUGAAUGGAGCUUUCUUUGUUGAAUCUGGAUCAGGAGCCAGCAACCACCCAGCAAAGUUGGACAUGAUGCCCUUCAAACCAGGGACCUUUGUCGGAACGCUCACAAAAUUUUCCGGUGCUCUAAACUGCGUUGUCGGCAAACCCUGCUAGGUUCCUUUUUGUUGUUUACUUUCCUUUUUUUUUUUGAACGUGCACGUACACCAAUGAAUGUAGUACAUGUAUUUUCAAACUGAAAACAAUUCUGAACAUAUAAAGAACGGAUUUUUAAAUA